AUGCUCGACGAGCAGCACAGAAAGCCUCUCGACUUUACGCAACCACCAAACGACAAGAAUUCAUACACUUGGGGCCGAAUUUCCGACCACAAUAUCGUCAUCGCAUCGUUACCCGCAGGAGUUUACGGGACAACUUCUGCCGCUACGACUGCAACGUCCAUGCUCUCCUCUUUCCCUCAGAUCCGCAUUGGCUUGAUGGUUGGCAUCGGAGCCGGCAUCCCACGGCUGGAGGACGAUGUUGAUAUUCGCCUUGGUGACAUUGUCGUCAGUCAGCCGUCAGGAAAGAGCGGCGGGGUCGUUCAAUACGACUUUGGGAAAGCUAAAGCCAGCGAUCGAUUUGAGCGCACAGGCUUUUUAAACUCACCACCUCAGGCCCUUCUCAAUGCAUUGGCCAAUCUCCAAGCCCAACACGAAUUUGGACCAAAAGUUCCCAAAAUUCUAGAAGAAAUGCUCGAAAAGAACCCGCAACUUGCAAAGGCGAACCCAGGCAAACCCAGCUACGCGUACCAAGGACGAGAGCACGACAAGCUAUUCAAGCCAACAUACCACCAUUCUCAGGGCAGAAACUGUAAUAAGUGCGACCCGGAACAAGAGAUCAAACGCGAAGCCCGCGAUUCUCAGGAUCCAGAAAUUCACUACGGGCUCAUCGCUUCUGGAAACACCUUGGUGAAGGACGCUACCGUCAGAGACUCCAUCCUCAAGGAAGUCGGUGAUGAUUGCAUCUGCUUCGAGAUGGAAGCAGCUGGCCUUAUGAAUAGCUUUCCCUGCCUCGUCAUUCGAGGCAUUUGCGAUUAUGCCGACUCGCACAAGAAUGAUCGCUGGCAGCGAUAUGCAGCUGCGGCAGCGGCUGCGUAUGGAAAAGAGUUUUUGGGGAUUAUACCAGGGGAUGACUUGGAGAAGGCGCAACGGGCAAUGGAUAUAAUGACGGACAUUGCAAACACCGUAGAGCAGACCCACUCUAUUGUGAAGAAUACAUCUAUUCAACAGCAUGAUGAGAGAAUCAACAAGUGGUUGUCUCCUCCAGAUCCGUCGGCCAAUUACAACAAGGCCCUGCAGCAACGAAACACAGGCUCAGGCCAGUGGUUCCUCACUAGCGCGGCCUAUUCAAAGUGGAAGAUUGAGGAAAACUCGUUCUUAUGGCUCCAUGGCAUUCCGGGAUGUGGAAAGACAAUCCUCAGCUCCACCAUCGUUGACGACCUGCAGAACAACGCAGGCUGCUCGCCCCUCUACUUCUACUUUGACUUCAAUGACACCAGCAAGCAGAGUCUUGAGAAGGCAGUCCGAUCACUUAUCAUUCAGCUAUGCGGCAAGAGCAAUGGUGUUCAGAAGCACGUAGAUUCGCUCUAUUCCUCUUGUGAAAAUGGAACAAUGCAGCCAAGCAUCGACUCGCUGUGCAAGACCUUCCACAAAAUGGUCCAAGAGGCUGGUGAAGUCUGGAUCAUCCUUGACGCGCUUGAUGAAUGUCAGACGCGGAAGGGGCACUCGGCUGAGGGGCUGCUUUCGUGGAUGGAGAGUAUCCGAAGCUCUCAGCAGACAAACGUUCACAUUCUCGCUACGAGCCGGCCAGAACAAGACAUCAAAUCGGCCAUCGAGAAGUGGAACCGCAAACAAGUCAUUUCAAUUCAGAGCGAUUUGGUUGCAAACGACAUAGAUGCAUACAUCCACACAAGGGUCAGGCAGCACACGGGCCUGAGUAGGUGGCAGAAGAAACCGGAUGUUCAGAAACUAAUUGAAGUUACUCUUUCUAAUAAGGCGGAUGGAAUGUUUCGAUGGGUUGCGUUGCAACUUGAUAGUCUCGAACAAUGCGUCAACAAUGAAGAGCUGGAAGACGCACUGGAGCAUCUGCCAGAUAACCUAUACGAGACGUACGAUCGCAUCUUGGAUAACAUCCCCCUUCGAAGGAAGAAAAACGCCAUAAGACUUCUUCAAUUUCUUGUAUACUCCGAACGACCAUUAACACUAAAAGAAGCUGUUGAUGCGAUCACUGUCAAGCUUGACGGUAGCCCCAGAUUUGAUAUCAAGAGGAGAAUGCCAGAUCACCAAGAAAUUGCAGUCUACUGCUCCGGCUUGGUGACUGUCAUUUCUAGCCAGGACAAGGCAGUGACGGAGAUCCAGCUCGCACACUUCUCGGUCAAGGAAUACCUCGUAUCAGAUCAGCUGAUGAAAAGCGCCUGUGAGGAAGAUGCUGCUGAGAUGUCCGUCUCAAGAAAUCUUGCGGAACCACUUGCAAGGGGUUCGAUUGCAGAGGUCUGCCUCGAAUAUUUGUUCGAGCUAAAACGAGACCUUCCGGCAAAGGAGAUUAGGCAAUCUUUCUUUCUAGCGCAGUAUUCUGCACGGUACUGGAUAGUCCAUGCCAUCGUAGCUGAAAACGGCAGCGAAACGGUUCGUGCUCUUGCAAGCAAGCUUUUCUUGGAUGGGAGCUUCUACAAAACCUGGUGCCGCCUAUACAAUCCUGACCGACCGUGGGAUGACGAAGCUGAUGAAGUCCAGGCACUCCUCGACAAGGGCGCCGACGUCAACGCUCAGGGCGGACAUUACGGCAAUGCUCUCCAGGCUGCUUCAGAAGGGGGUCACGUUCAGGUGGUUCAGAUUCUCCUCAAGAAGGGCGCCGACGUCUACGCUCAGGGCGGAGAGUACGGCAAUGCUCUCCAGGCUGCUUCAUCCAGGGGUCACGUUCAGGUGGUUCAGAUGCUGCUCGACAAGGGCGCCAACUUUAAUGGUAGCACUACGAACCUAAGAUAUAUGCUCCAAUCCACCGCGCUCUUCUAA